AUGGGAGGUUGCUGCACCAAAGAUGCCUUGUAUUAUGGGAAUAACAUAGAUGAUGGGCGUUAUUGUAAGGAUGAUACUGAAUUCGAGGGUGAUGAUGAUAUGAACAAUGUAAAGUAUGGGGACGAUGGAGCCCGGAUUAGAAUGCAAGGCUCUUCUAGGUACAUUUCUAUGUACACUCAACAAGGGAAAAAAGGGAUCAAUCAAGAUGCUAUGACAGUUUGGGAGGAUUUUGCUGAGAAGGACAUGUACUUCUGUGGUGUGUUUGAUGGCCAUGGCCCUGAUGGUCACAAGAUAGCACGAUAUGUACGAGACCAUUUACCUUCAAAGCUCUCUCAGGUUGUCAAAAUCUACCAGCUGAACACCGAUCUUUUUGACAAUGCUAGUAUAUCUUCAAGUUUCUUCAAUCUAGAAGGUAACACAACACCCAUCGGCAAAGGCAGUCAAGAUUUAUCUCUUUCUUCAUGGGAAGCCAGUUUUGUAAAAUCAUUCAAGGAUAUGGAUGAAGAGCUUAGCUUCGAUUCAACCAUCGAUAGCUUCUGCAGUGGUUCAACAGCUGUAACUGUAGUUAAACAGGGUGAUCACUUGGUUAUUGCAAAUUUGGGGGAUUCUCGUGCAGUUCUUGGCACUAGGGGAGAGAACAAUCAAAUCGUUCCUGUCCAACUCACAGUAGAUUUAAAACCAAACACUCCAAGUGAAGCAGAAAGAAUUAAAAAGUGCAAUGGCAGAAUUUUUGCAGUCGAUGAAGAACCGGAAGUGUACAGAUUAUGGAUGCCAGAUGAAUACUGCCCUGGUCUAGCAAUGGCACGGGCGUUUGGAGAUUUCUGCCUCAAAGAUUAUGGCCUCAUCUCCAUUCCUGAAGUUUGCUACAAAACCAUCACAAGCGAUGAUGAAUUUGUCGUCUUGGCAACUGAUGGGGUUUGGGAUGCGUUAUCAAAUGCUAAUGUGGUAAAGAUAGUUGCUUCUGCAAAGAGGCGAUCCAACGCAGCGAAAUUGGUAGCGAAACGAGCUGUGAGAGCAUGGAAAAGAAAAUAUCCAGAAUCUAAAAUUGAUGAUUGUGCAGUUAUAUGCUUGUUCCUGAAAGAUCAACCUUCUUUAAGUCACUCAAUGUCUCAUGCAAACCGGGGAAAAGUAAAUGAACCGGCGCUUGUUUCUUAUUACAGCACUAAGUCGAAUGCUCCAACCGAGGGAGGAGGCACUGAACUGUCUGUUGUAAAUAGCAAGAUCUCAGAAGACACAAAAGAAGGGUGGAAUGAUCUUGAUGGUUCUUCAAGAGUGAAUUCCAUUUUGAAUGUUCCUCACUAUGAUGGCGUUUUGAGUUAGCGGAAAACAUCAAAGGAUG